UUGAAAUUUAGGGUUUAUACAAUACGCGCAUCUGGUUCGAACGAACAAGCAAACCUUUGGGGCGUGAAUUGAGAAGGGGGAAUAAUGUCGAAGAAGAACAAUUUAGCCAAGAGAAAGAAGCAGCACGAGUACAAUCUUCAAAAAGAGAAAGAAAUACAGGACAAAAAGAUCAAGAAGCUUCAAACGAACAAGAACAAGAUGAAAGUUGAUGGUAGUGGGAAGAAGAAGAAAGGUGGAUUCUUGGUUGGCAAUAAGAGAUUAAAGACAAAGCUGAAUCGAGCUGCUAAAGCUAAAGCUGCCCAAGCAAUGGAGCUAGACAAAUGAGAAGGAACCUGUUUUCUUUUCACUUGUAUGUAAACUGUUCUUCAUUGAUCUUUGUCAUUUACUUUGAAGAAAUCAGUUUGAAGUUAUCUUCUAAUAUUCCACCAAAUCUCUUACCAUGAUUGCUUAUUCUAGGUUAUAACUUAUAUGUAUCACUCUUCCUUUUGAGCUCAAGAUUUUGCUUUCAACUCUGAUCAUCAUGGAAUUAGGCGAUUACUCUGUUUUGAUUGCUAUUCUUUUACCCGCUAUGAAUCACACAGUUACUUUUCUGAAAUAUAUAUAUUGCUCC